UUUAUUUAAAUAGUUUUGUCGUUUAUGAACAUUUAUCGUUGGCUGUGGAUGUGCGUUUGUUAUUGGAUUUAUUUUUUGUUUCAUAAAGUGGUUUGUGCACGUUGUAAAUGAAAAUUCUGAACUCAAAUAAGUUAAUCCCGCCGGAUCCGCGAAAAUUAAAGUUACUAAAGUUCGUUUACCAACGAGGUGUGUUUUGUAAAGUGAUUUGGUGAUUUUUUUUAAAACGAUAAAAUUGAGUUAUUUUACUUGAUACUGUUAUGAUCGCGUGAAGGCGACCACGUGAUCCACCAAGAUCGGGCGAGGAUGUCCUGUAGGAUGCUUCGUUAAGGUAGAAUCGAAUCGUUAGAAGUUUAUGCUUUACAAGGAGAAGCCGCUUAGUACACAUGGGCAAGAAAGGAACGAAAAGAAAGACGAGGUGGAGGACUCUCUCAAUCGGAGAAGCCGGGAGUGAGGAUGAAUCCGGUCUCAAGAAACCGAAUAGUGUCGAUUACGUGAAUGGAGGCACGAGGCCGUCCAAUUAUUCCGGCUACCAAGGAAACAAUCCCCGGAAUGGAUAUGGACGAUCGAGCUACGGCCAUGCAGCUUCUGGACGCACCUUCUCCAGUCAGUCGACGCCGACACGACGAAAUGGUUCCGCAGGCGGAUACCACCCGUCGCACCAGUACGCACGCAAUGGUGAGAGAUCGCAUAGCAGCGCCGGUCCCGACGCGCCGAAAAUUAAAUUCAACGAAGAUGAAUACACACGUAUUACGACUCCACGGCAGGACGUCCUUUUUAAGAAGGGAUACUUGAGCAAACGAAAAACCCUUGUCGCUUCCGUCAGCACGUCUUCAGCCGAACCUGGAGCGUCCACCAGUGCACCCAGCACGCCGAGCACGCAGUCCACCAGCCCAGAACAUCACGCACACUCGAAUGAAAUUCCUGCUGAGUCCGAAGUUAUGAUGCCAGAUGGGCUUAUGUACCCGAACGGUUUCUACGACCAAAACGGAGUGUUCUAUGUAAACGCUAUGCCGAAUUUUGAUGGUUUUGGGCCUAUGAUGAUGUAUCCUUAUGGUCCUUAUCCACCUUAUGGUCACAUAGAAUACUACAAUCAAGUUUGUAUGCAGCACCCGUUCAGUACCAAUGCGAGUUACGCGGAAUCUCAAGUCUCGGAUACGAAUGAGAUGGCGAGUCCGCACGACGAUGCAGCUAGUCACAGCAGCCCAGAAGAUUCUGGAAAGGCUUCUACCAAAGACACGGGCGACAGUGAAGCAGCCCAGCACAGCGCUGACAGCAGUGGAGUUUCUAUUAAUAAUUCCAACGGUCCAGAACAGGAUACCACACUGCACAAUGGUAUGGUAGAUACACCCCAUUACAUCUACCCUGGUUACAUGUUUGGAGCCCAAAUGUACCACGUUAACGGUAUGAAUAUCCAAUGCGGCAAUGGUAUGGCUCUAGGCGGUUCUAUGGAUGUUUCGAAUAAACAAAAAAUCAAAAAGAAGAGAAGGAGGAAGCAGCGAAAACCUUCGGGAUGUAAUGGCACGAAUGCUACUGAUAAUUCAGAAGACGAAUUUUCAAGCGAUAGCGAAACCGCUAAUGAUUCUUUAGAAAGAGGUAGUACCACAAGCAGCCUCAUGUCGAGUAUUAACGGCGUCCAAGAAGCUUGCCUGAAGGAACAACUAGUCGAACAAGGAAAUUAUCCACCUCCAAAUUCUCCCAUCCCAUGUGAUCCUUCAAAGUCAGUACUAAAUACGAAUUGCUCUGAGUUUAUUCCAAAGGCUCAUCUUCUGGCUAAAACUAGCCAAUUAAAAACUGAUGUACAAGAAUUUGUGCCUCAGUGUUAUAAAGUUCAACAAAUUGCACUAGAACAGCCCAUCGAAACAGAAACCGAACAAAAUUCUCAAAUACUUCAGGUUCAGGAAAAUAUUGUUCAAAAACAGCUGGUUCCAGAAGUUGCUCAAGAAAAACUUGUCGAAGAGAAACUGGUUGAAGAGAAACCGGUUGAAGAGAAACUGGUUGAAGAGAAACUGGUUGAAGAGAAACUUGUCGAAGAGAAACUUGUCGAAGAGAAACUUGUUGAAGAGAAACUUGCUCAAAAGAAAAUUGAAGUAGAAUCUGUAAAGGUAAAACCUAUCAAAGAAAAAUCUGUUAAAGAUAAAGCUGUUCAAGGAAAAAUUGAAGUCGCUGUUCAAACUAAGAGAAUCAAAAAAGAUAGCAAACCUGCUCCCAAACAAUCGUUCACAGUUCCUUUGACAAAUGGAAGUGCGCACAAGAAUAUGGAAAGUCCAAUAAAAAAGGUAGCACAACCAGUUAUUGAAACGGUACGUAAAGUUCAAAUAAUAUGCAAAGAAAAACCAUCGCCUAUCAACUGCAGUACGCCCCGUACCGACCAAUGGACUACAGUUAAAAGCUCACGUUCGAAAAACAAAAAGAAUCGACAUGAUACGUCCUCAGCGUCACCUACGUCUCCUGUCAGUGACGUAGCUUCUGAGAACACCUUCCGAAUGUUCAUUGAGGGUAAUGUCACACCACCACCAUCAGAAGAAGAUGGAUCAUUAGAUACUGAUAAGCUCGAAGAUAAUGUAUGCUUUACAUCUGACGACACUGUAGAUAAUAAUGAAGAGAUCAAUACUGAAGAAUCUAAUACAUUGUCAGAUAAGAAAAAUAAUAAAACUUCUAAAACGAAGUCGAAAAAGAGCAAGAAAACUAAAGAUAAUAACAAAAAUAAAACUAAUAGUUACGAUAAUGAUGAGAAAAAGAAUAAAUCUAGAACAACGAAUGGUAAACCUCAUAAAUUGACAAAACAAGUUGAUAUAGAAUCAGUAAAAUCUAAUCUGGCACAACUAUUGGGACCAACGAAUAUGACCGAAUUAGAUUUUACUAAUGUAGAAAUGAGAGACCGAAUGAAUGGAAUUGGAAUUGAGGAGCUCAAAGAACUUUAUAUUGAACUUCCUGAGUUAAAAGAUCAGCAUCUGGAGAACUUAUUACAGUCAUCUGAAGACUACGUUUACACUGCCCCUACGCUUUCUGUUACAGAUAAUCCUAAAGAAUUCAUUCAAAGUCAUGUGUUGCCUCCGACGCCGGAUGAAAGUGUAACAAGUUGUAAUAUUUCUAAAGAAAGUGUAAAUGAUUCUAUGUUGAAUUCCAAAGAAAAUGAUGUAUCCUCUUCAAAUAGUGAUAGUGAAGAUUUGCAAACAGUAGCCAGCAAUAAAAUUUUACUAAAAGAAGAAAUGGAAGCGGCGCCUGUAGUUUGUGAUAUUAAGUCAGAGGAAAUAAUAGAACAAAUAUCUAACACCAUAGAUAUUUCUGAGGAUUUGGAAUCUACAUUAAAUUCUGUACCAGAUCUCACUAUUGAUUCAGAAAACCCAGAAAGUGAGGCUCUGGACAGUGAAGUAGUGGAAAACAAGUUUCUGGAAAAUGAACUUUUGGAUGAGGGUGUUAUAAUAACGGAACUAAAAGAUCCUGAGGUUAAUUAUUUCCAUAUCACCGAGACUGUACAAAAAUGGCUGAAAGAACAAAAAGAAAAGUCACCUGAACCUGUUCUGCGAGAGCCCGAUGACCCCGCAUUAGCUGUUCUAUUGAAUCAAGCGGAAUUGGACGGCAGCGGCUCGAGCGAUCAGGAUACGGACGAGUGCGAUGACGAUUCACCUAGGAAUCCAAAAAACUCCCGAGGCAACCCCUUGCGUGCAUUAUCUGUUGAAAGCUUGAGUAAAAAGUUGAAAGCGAAGAGAUCGAGGUCGACGCCGCCGUCGCUGAGGCGAGGUGAAACUGGUGAUACGGACAGCGAUUAUCUGAGCGACAUUCAAGAUGACUCACGUAAGAGGGUUGCAGGAAUAACAUCGGAACCUGACUUGCUGGAUUGCUGGGAACCUGACAUUCUGCCCUUCGAUGCAUUGCCUCAUCUAGUCCGAUCGAAGACAGAAGACGAAGAAGUGGUCGAACAAUACGAGUCCGUCUACGGCAAGAGCGUGGACUACGAAAAAUUGAGCGCCUCACUUGGCGCAAAACCCCCCGUACUGCCACCGCUUCGCGGCGAAGGCGUUGUGCCCCCCUGCAACGGCAUCUGCUGCAGCCUCAUGUAAAUGACAACUUGAUGAUCACUAUCACAUUAUCAUUACGUGUUACUACACAAAAACUAAUCAAUGUUUGUAAUUAUUCUCGAUUAACGUAAUUUUAAAAACACGACAUCGUUUAUAUAGAUUUAAGUAAUGAUCCGAACAUGAAAUUUCAAUCGUAAUUUAUAAAUCGCACGCACUAAAGAAUUUCUAAAUAUUUGAUGUGUCGUCCAUUAAACAAGAGUUCAAUCUAUUAUCAGGUUAUACUAUGAAAGUUAUAGCGAUCAUUACAUUUAUAUCUUUAUUUUUUCACCGAGAUGAGAUUAUGAAACGUUGUUUGUUAAUAUAAAUAUCAUAUUUUAUUUGUUACUGAUACUUGUUACAAAAUAUAAGUUUAGUUACGGCCUAGGGUGGUUGACGGCUGUUCCGACAUUCGGAGCUUGCGUUAUAUUUUAUUAAAAAUUGUAGGAAGCUUUGGAGAUAAACUAGUUUCUUAUAGUGUAUCAUUUUCUAUUGUACCAUAAUUAUGUAUAGUUCUUUGAAAAGAUAUUACGUCGAAACUUAUACAAAACACAAAGAAAUAAUUUUUAUUUCUCCAAAGUUUUUUACAAAUGGUACUGGAUGUCAGAAAAGCCCCUUAGGAACUUUAAGACUGUUUAGAAACUGUAACGUUUCAAAUACUUAAUUAGAUAAUAAGAAAUGUUAGAUGUUGAUGUCUGAAUGAUGGUUAUCUUGUUAAUAAUGUUGAGUACUUCAUGAAAGAUGUUGCAAGAAUUGCUGUUCAUUAAGUUGUAAUACGUGUCUCAUAACAACAUGAAUAAUUCGUGCAAAUAAUAAUGAUUGCGCGCUGAUUUGAGUACCAACAAAAUACAUGCGCUCUGACUCUAGACAGUCAUCAAAAAUAUAAAUUUACCUUAAGUUGCAUUUAUUCUGUGAACACAAACGCGACAUUUAUAUGUUCUAACAUAAUUUUCAUUACGUUUACAUUUCUCAUUGUGACCACACUACAUUUACUACUUUUUUACGGUUUUGAGCCAAGGAAUAAAACGAUAAGCAAUUUGAACAAUGAAAUAUAAGCUGGACUUAUGCACAAACCUUCUAUUUGUGGUUGUGAACAAAUUUUCAUUGAUUUUUGGAACUAGACAUAAUUUACAGAAAGUUUCGAAUUAAUUUGUUUUAUAUUUCUAUUCACAAUCAUAUUUAUUUCUAAUUUGAUAUUUCUAGAAGAAUUCUGCAAAGAUUUAUCAGCGGUAACAAAUGAAACAAUUUUCUACCACAACUUAUGCAAUGCUUUAAAUGAAGUUAUAGUGAGCGGAACCAUAAAAAUUUAUUUGUUG